AUGGGCGAAAGAUGCAGUGAGGUCGCUAUGGACGAUCGGUCAACUGUACACCAUGGGGACAAGACAAGUAAAAGCGAGAAAUUAGACACGGAAAGGCAGCAGAGCAAUAAAUGGGGCAUUUCACGCGAGGAACCGUGCGGAGUAGAAUCUGACCAUCCUCCUGGACAGGUCCAUACAGAGCAAGCGGGAUUUCUUGCGUUGAAACGUACUGUGGACAGACGCUUCGAGUGUACGGAAUGUGACUAUAGGCCAGCCAAAAAGGUUAAACUAUCGAGACACACAAGAAAACAUACUGGCGAGAAACCUUAUAAGUGCGACAUUUGCGACUAUUCUGCUGCAAAGAAAGACCAUUUAGAGUCACACAUGGAAAAGCACACCAGCGAAAAACGCUUCAUGUGUGUGGAGUGCGGAUACAGAACUGGUGUGAAACCCUAUACAUGUGACUAUUGCGACUAUUCUGCUGCACGGAAAUUUCAUUUGGAUCGACACAUGGCUAAACACACCGACGAAAAGCCCUUCAUGUGUGGAAAGUGCGGAUAUAGGGCUGCUGACUUGUCUUACUUAACCCCCUAA